AUCAACGGCUUACCGUUAGCUCCACGAAUGCUUCAUACAAUAAUAAGCGCAACGCGUCGAUUUUCCCGUGAGGCGUAUCAAGAUACAUUUCAUCUGCUGUUACACCUCUAAUUGUAUUAAUUUAUUCUCAAGAAACAGAUGUUUACCCCUCACCAAACAGGGCGUCCAGCGUCGCCUCGUCCGGUUUUACAAAGAACUGUUUGCGGAUGCUGCGCUGUUUGCAAAGUAGGCCUACAUCUAAACUCUUCUGCAGACCCCAGACUUCUCCCUUGCCUGCAUAUAGUUUGCAAUACUUGUCUUACGAAGAUCUGCACAGAUGGAGCCACACAAGAUUGUCCAUUAUGUGCACAGUCCUUUUGUUUGUCUGAGGUCACAGAAUGUGCCAUUUUUGAAGACACGUCUAACAAUAACGAGGCCCCCAAGUGUGCCGGGUGUGAAGAGAGUGAGGUUAGUGGAUGGUGUGUCCAGUGUGAGGAGGCCCUAUGUUUGGACUGUAUAUCUGCUCAUCGUAGGGUAAAAGUGACCCGUGACCAUGAAGUCACACCCAAAAAACCACCCACAGGUUGGAUACAGAGAAGACGCUGUCCCUCACACACUCAGGAGAGCUUGAGGUUCUUCUGUCUUGUUUGUGAAGAGCUCACCUGUAAGGACUGUCAGCUGAUCACUCAUAGGGGCCACAGUUUUGUGCAGCAGGAGGAAGCUGUGGGAUCUCAGAGACAGCAGCUGCAGAGUUUGUUGGACUCCAUCAGACAUCAGAAAGAGACGGUCAUCAGCAGCCUGCUGCUCCUAGAGGCAAGAUUGCAGGAAAUUGAAAAAAUAAAAGUAGCAGCAAAGAAGAUGUUGACACAGGUAGUCCACUCCAUUUAUCAGACUCUGGUUCUAAAAGCUACACAGAUGUUAAAGGUGAUAGAGGCCUUAUUUGCGGAGGAGGUGGGGUGUUUGUUGGAGAGGAAGACAUCUCUGAACAGUUUGGAAGGCUGUCAGGAGUACAUAGCAGCUUUUAUUGACAAGAUCCUAUGCACAGAGGGCCACUGCCUCCUGGUCCACACAAAAAGGAUUGAGACCCAGGUGAAAAAGCUUCUGUCCCAGAAGGCAUACACCCCUGAGACCAUGAUUGAACUGCACCUUCAGAUUCAGAAUGAACUCUGUCAGCACAUCAUGAAAUUUGGAUUUUUGAGGAUUAGUAAGGUUCUUGUUCCAUUUACCACUCAGAGAACUGAUUCCACUCAGUUAGAGUCUGUGUCUGUGAAAAGCUCAAAUCCAAAUUCUCCUCUAACUGCCACUGAUGUUCAUCCUGCACCCACCUCCUCAAGUGUUGAUGCACAGGUUCAGGGUGAAUGUGUUCUCAACAGUUUUACACUGCGUCCCUGUGCCUCCUCUCAGAUUGUGCAAAUAAACCAGGCCCUUCAUAGUCUGCCUCAUCCAUCUCAACCCAGCCAGCCAUCUCAUUCUAACCAGGCAUAUAACAAUGUUGCCUCAUCCCAACCGAAUCAAUCUAAACGUUCCUCUUCAGACCUUCAGAGUUCAUCUUCCUCACCAUCUGUCCAAGUCCAAUCCCAUGAAGUCAUGUCUGAGCAAUCCAAGCAUGCUUACAGUCCCUCAUCGAACUGUGUCCCAUAUUUUUCUCAGUCUGCUCCUAAAACUCACAUGAAUUAUUCUCCGUCUGUUUAUUCUCAGCUCCGUCUUCCACUCAUGAACUGCACAGCAUCUCAAAUAAACAAUAUCUCUGAGUCAGCCAAAUGUAGGAAGGCCUAUUGCCCUACCAUGCAGGUCUCUCAAACACGCAUACUCACCCGCCCAUUGCCAGUUAACAGCCAAAAACAACCAAUACCAGUCAACAACCAAACACCUGUACCAACUCAUCCAAUACCAGCCAACAACCAAACACUCACACCAACUCAUUUAGUGCCAGCCAACUACCAAAGACCCCAACUAACUCAUCAAAUUCAAGUCAACAACCAAACAUUUGCACCAACUCAUCCAAUACCAGCCAACAACCAAACACCUGUACUUACUCAUACAAUGCCUGUCAACAACCAAACACCCAUACCAAUUCACCCAAUACCAUCCAACAACCAAGCACCCCUACUAACUCAUCAAAUGGCAGUCAAUAACCAAAAACAACCGAUUUCAGUCAACAACCAAACACCUAUAACUCAUCCAUUGCCCGCCAACAACCAAACACCCCUACUAACUCGUCAGAUGCCUAUCAACAACCAAACACCUGUACCAACUCAUCCAAUACUAGCCAAUAACCAAACACUCAUACCAACUCAUGCAAUUCUAGCCAACAACCAGACAUCCCUACUGACUCAUCCAAUAAUAGCCAACCAAACACCUAUACUAACUCAUCCAACAUCAGCCAACAACCAAACACUCACACCAACUCAUCCAAUGCCAGCCAACAACCAAACACCCCUACAAACUCAUCAAAUGGCAGUCAAUAACCAAAAGCAACCAAUUUCAGACACCAACCAAACACCCGUAACAACUCAUCCAAUAUCAGCCUACAACCAAAUGCCUGUAUUAAUUCAACCAAUUCCAGUCAACAACCAAACACCCAUACCAACUCAUCCAAUACCAGCCAACAACCAAAUGCCUGUGUUAAUUCAACCAAUACCAGCCAACAACCAAUCAACCAUACUAACCCAUUCUUUACCAACUUGCAACCAAACACUCAUACUGACCCAUCCAAUACAAACCAAUUUCCUGGGGCCUGGACAUUCUUUUUCUAUGCAACCCAAUAUUCCCUUAACUGUCCUUUCAACCAUAAACACACUUUCCUUAAAUGACGCUACUGCAAUCUCUAAUGUCCACUCUACUGAAGUCUCCAGUGGUAGGAUGAAUCAUUGUCCCCAGGACCCUUGUGCACCAAAUCCCACCAGUACAAUUUCUAAUGCCAUCCCAAGCACAGCUAGUGGUUCUUUACGUCCUGUAAACCCAAUGCCUUCUGCUCCCAUUAGUGGCAACGACACCCUCUGGAGUAAAAACGGCACCUACAAUAGCAUUAACGUCCCAGUCAAGGCCUUGGCUGAUUCCGCCUGUGAUCAGGAUGCAGAUGUGAGCAGCACGAAUUUCACUGAUACGGAUCAUCUGGAGAGCAACUUGCCUACCUCCCAUGUGUCAGAGACAGCUCCCAAAGAACAUUCACCAGAUCCUGCGCACUCCUCUGGCCCAUCCAACAUUCACCAGGAUUCUCUCUCCACCAUCACAGAGAAAUGUUCAAGACAAACUCUAGACGAUCAGUCAUUGACCAAGAACUACUCUGGACCAAAACACUGGAGCGUUGGCAUGCCGAUAACUUUCCGUCAACUUGUAGAGGCAACAUGCAUACCUGUCAGCUCAAAAGACAAUCUGAACACCACACCUCCAGCGGAUUCAACUCAUUGUAGCACAUCAGAAGACCUUGACGGGGAGAGGACAACUCAUGACAAGACUAUCCAAAGUGCGUUUGACUACAGGGAGGCAAAAAAAGAAGACAAAGAAUCUGCAGUAACGCUGGAACACUUCAGGAGACAAAUCAAACAAUUCAAGAGGUUUCUACGUGUUUCUCUUGAGUGUCUGCCCAUCUCUCUGCCUCCAAGUGGACAGCCACUCCCAGAGUUCCACCUUACUACAGAUACCGCCACAGGUCACAUCUUAGUGCAGGAAUCCCAGGGUGGACAGGUUAACCAGGUGUGGAGAUGGCAUGAAGAUCCAUUACCAUCUAGAUCCUCUUCUUGCUCUGUAUCCCAAGACAGCGACAGCUCCCCGGCAUCUGAUGUAGAGUUCUGUGCCGUGUGUCUGUCUGCAGGAGCUCCACUUCUGUGUGCAAAAUGUGGCUGUGCUUUUCACUAUGACUGUCACAUCCCACCAAUUCUCACAAAACCUUGUAAGGAAUGGGUGUGUUUGCUAUGUCAGGAUUUAAAUGAGACAGUUGUGUAUGGCAGUGAGGAGAUGAGGACGCCUAGUCUGAGUCUGGAAGAUCAAAGAAAGUGUGAGAAGCUUCUCUUUGGUCUCCUGUGUGAUGAGAACAAGAGCCUGCUCUUCAGCGCCACCAAGAAUCACUCAAAAACAGCCGAAUUUGAUAUAAUACUCGGCCGACUCCUGGGGAAACGGAAGCCGCCUUAUCGGACUGUUGCUGAGCUGGUGUCAGAUGUUUGGACUCUUUUUGACAUCUUGAUGAUGAACUCGGAGAGGAAAAACAUGGUUGUCAAACUUAAAAAAUCUUUCCAGCAACAGCUGAAUGAAUCUUUUGGGAAGAGUCUCCAUGCUUCUCUCCUAAAUCACUCAAGCAGCAAAGAUCCAAGCAGAACACCAGAGACAGAGGCUGAACGAGAGAAGCACAGAAACACUUUGAAACGCAUGAGAGAGUUUUUCACGGCAAACUGUGGUACAGCUGCAAAGAAAUCCUGCACUGAUGAAGGGAAGGAGAGAGAUGCCGCUGCUGAAUAAUUAAGUGCCUCAGUCAUUACUUUUAAAGUCGCAAAAAAAUCUUCUGUAGACCAGACCACUUUCUGUGUUUUAUAGUACUUUGCUUAUUUAGAUUUGCCUUAAAGUAAGAUGUGUAUUAAACAGAUUAUUUCAUCCAAGGUCAAAUUUCUUUCUCUGGUCACUUUAUGCCUUGAUCUGCCACGAUCUAUUUGUGCAUGUGGGUUGCAAAUUAUUAGCAUUAUUAGAUCAAUGUUGUCAUGUAGCUCUGAUGCCAGCAGAGGACGCGAUGAUCCUUUGGUUGCAUGAAUUUGCUCUGUUUUCAAUCUAACUCGUUGGCGCUUAUUAAGGCAAGCAUCAGUCUUACUACACACACACACACACAUAUAUGAAUUUGUGUAAUUUGUUCCACCCCCACCAGCUGUGUUGCAAUAAUGUGAAAUAUCGCAUUUAAAAUGGUUGAUGUUUUUAAUUUGACUCUUUCUUUAGAUUAUAAUAGUGGAAUUUUAAGAUGUAAAUUCUAGAGUGGGGACCUGGUUAAAUAACAUCGUUUGAAAAAAAACAAAACAUAAAAAUAGCAAAUAAAGAU